AUGCAGAUCUUCGUCAAGACCCUCACCGGCAAGACCAUCACCCUCGAGGUGGAGUCGUCCGACACUAUCGACAAUGUCAAGUCGAAGAUUCAGGACAAGGAGGGCAUCCCUCCGGACCAGCAGCGCCUGAUUUUCGCAGGCAAGCAGCUCGAGGAUGGCCGCACCCUGUCUGAUUACAACAUUCAGAAGGAGUCCACGCUCCAUCUCGUCCUCCGCCUCCGUGGCGGUAUGCAAAUCUUCGUCAAGACCCUGACUGGAAAGACCAUCACCCUCGAGGUGGAGUCUUCCGACACCAUCGACAACGUCAAGUCGAAGAUUCAGGACAAGGAGGGCAUCCCUCCGGACCAGCAGCGCCUGAUUUUCGCAGGCAAGCAGCUCGAGGAUGGCCGUACCCUGUCCGACUACAACAUCCAGAAGGAGUCGACCCUCCAUCUCGUCCUUCGUCUCCGUGGUGGCAUGCAGAUCUUCGUCAAGACCUUGACCGGAAAGACGAUUACGCUGGAGGUCGAGUCAUCUGACACGAUCGACAACGUCAAGUCAAAGAUCCAGGAUAAGGAGGGCAUCCCUCCUGACCAGCAGCGCCUUAUCUUUGCCGGCAAGCAGCUCGAGGACGGACGGACCCUGAGCGACUACAACAUCCAGAAGGAGUCGACCCUGCACUUGGUGCUCCGCCUGCGUGGUGGUAUGCAGAUUUUCGUCAAGACGUUGACGGGCAAGACGAUCACGUUGGAGGUGGAAUCCAGCGAUACUAUUGACAACGUCAAGUCCAAGAUCCAGGACAAGGAGGGUAUCCCUCCGGACCAGCAGCGUCUCAUCUUUGCCGGCAAGCAACUGGAAGACGGCCGCACCCUCAGCGACUACAACAUUCAGAAGGAGAGCACCCUGCAUCUCGUUCUGCGUCUUCGUGGCGGCCAGUAG